AUGGCAAAUAGAUUGAAAAGAGUAAUGCAGAAUAUUAUUUCAAAAAAUCAGAGUGCCUUUAUUCCGGGUAGGCUGAUUUCAGACAAUACUAUUGCAGCCUAUGAAACUUUGCAUUCAAUGAAGACAAGGCUGAAAGGGAGAAUAGGCAGUAUGGCAUUAAAAUUGGAUAUCUCUAAAGCUUAUGACAAAGUUGAAUGGCCUUUCCUGAAGUGUAUAAUGGAGAAGCUUGGUUUUGGAGCUAGAUGGGCUAAUUUGAUAAUGGAGUGUGUAUCAUCAGUGUCAUAUGCUGUGUUAGUAAAUGGAGAGCCAGGGCAAGUGAUCCAUCCUACGAGAGGCCUUAGACAAGGGGAUCCACUAUCCCCUUAUUUGUUUCUACUAUGUGCUGAGGGAUUGAGUUCUUUAAUAAAUGGGGCUGAGGCAAGAGGGGAAAUAAAGGGAGUAGCAGUGGCAAGGGGAGGAAUGAAACUCACACACCUUCUUUUUGCAGAUAAUUGUAUAAUAUUUGGAAGGGCAUGUUGGGAAGAAUGGCAGAAAAUUAAUGACAUCUUGAAGUUGUAUGAGGAGGCAUCGGGUCAAAGCUUAAACAAGCAGAAAACUUCCAUUAUGUUUAGUUCAAAUGGAUGUAGAAAGGAGUGGGAUAGAAUUGUGAGAGAUUUGGGAGCUAGGGUGCAGAAUAAUUGUGAAAAAUACUUAGGUUUACCUAUAAUGGUAGGUAGAUCAAAGUACAAUACCUUUCGAGGUAUAAAAGAUAGAGUCUGGCUCAAGCUCAGUAAUUGGAAGAACCAAUUUCUUUCACCAGCAGGGAAGGAAAUUCUGUUAAAAGCGGUAGUUCAAGCAAUCCCAACCUAUCAUAUGAGUGUGUUUCUGCUUCCUAAAAGAUUGUGUAAGGAAAUUGCUGGAGAGCUAGAGAGUUUUAACAAAGCUCUUCUAGCAAAACAAGUGUGGAGAGUCUUAACAAACCCAAGUUCAGUUGCUGCAAGGAUUCUCAAAGACAAGUAUUUCAAGAAUACUAGUGUGCUGAAUGCAAAAUUAGGAGCCUAUCCUUCUAUGAUAUGGAGGAGCCUUAGGAGUUCUAUUGAGCUCUUGAAGGGGGGGUUAGUUUGGCGAGUGGGAAAUGGGAAAUCAAUAAAAAUUUGGGGGGAUAAGUGGAUUCCUAGAUUUUCUUCUUUCAAAGUUCAGUCUCCUUUGAAAAUACUGGAACCAGAAGCAAAGGUGGAGAAGCUUAUAGAAGAGGGGUGUGGGAGAUGGAAGGCUGACUUGAUUAAGGAAAUUUUUACAGAGGAAGAGGCAGAUUUAAUUCUAAAUACUCCCAUCAGUCAAACUAAUUUGGAUGAUAAACAAAUCUGGGCUCCUUCAAAGAAAGCCAUUAAUAACUGUUUACCAACAAAGUGGAACCUGUAUAAGAGAAGGGUUACAAAAGACCCUCUUUGCCCCAUCUGUGUUAAUAAAGAAGAAACAGUUUGCCAUGUCUUAUGGAACUGUCCAGCCGCGGUGGAUGUAUGGGCUGAGGUUAAUAGUCCUGUUCAGAAAUGGCCUACGGGUGAGACUGACUUGGGGCAGUUAUGGAAUAAAGUGGUAGAAAGAUGUGGUGAGGAUGAAGUGGUAUUAAUAGCUACUGUCAUGCGAAAUAUAUGGCUGAGGAGGAAUUCUUUGGUUUUUGAAGAUGAUUUUUCCAGUCCAGGUGCUUUGUUCAAUAAAGCAAAGAGCAGUAUAGCAGCAUACCAAGAAGCACAAGAAAAGCAAGGUAUGGGAGCAGGCCAUGUUCGAGUACAUAGAGAGAGGGUGAGAUGGAGGGCUCCUAGGGAGGGGGUGGUGAAGGUUAAUUGGGAUGCUGCCUAUGAAUUAAAAAAUAAAAAGAUGGGGUUAGGUGUGGUCAUUCGUGAUGGAGAAGGGGAAGUACUGGUCUCUCUAUGUAAACCAAGCUCUUAUUCAGUGUCUGCUGCUGUAGCUGAAGCUGAAGCUUUGUGGCGAGCUAUGCUGCUCUGUAUAGAAUUGAAUUUUGGGGAGGUUGUCUUUGAAGGAGAUGCUUUGGGCAUCAUUCAAGUUGCAUGCAGUACAGAGGAGAUAUGGGAAUGGUAUGGUCAGAGACUAGAGGACAUCAGAGGAUUAUUAAAACGGAGACCCUUGUGGACAGUGAUACAUACAUAUAGAGAAGGUAACAUUGUAGCUGAUUUUUUAGCAAAAUUUGCUCUUACUAUAGAUGAGGAGAAAGGAGUGCGGGAAGUGACUGGCUCCAAGGAUGAAUAUACAGUUACAGGUUUCCCUUAUGGUCAAUGGCUACAUUCUAGUUUUGCAAGAGGUUAUGAUAUUGCUAAUCGUGCUUCAAAGCAGACGUCGGAAUAA